AACAUACAACUUUUCAUCACCCAAGUCCAACAUUGUUCAUUCAUCAACAUAUCUUAGCUAGCAACUUUAAAAUCUAUAUGUAACAACUCUAGAGCCAAAAAAAAAAUUUGAUUCAAAUUUUAUUGAGAGGCAUCCAUAUGGAGAGCACCGAUUCGUCGUCUGGAUCGCAGCAUCUGCACCUCCCUCCUGGUUUCCGAUUCCACCCCACUGAUGAGGAGCUCGUCGUUCACUACCUCAAAAAAAAGGCCUCCUUGGCCCCCUUGCCGGUUACCAUCAUCGCCGAGAUUGAUCUCUACAAGUUCGAUCCAUGGGAGCUACCAAGUAAGGCGACGUUUGGCGAGCAAGAGUGGUAUUUUUUCAGUCCUAGAGAUAGGAAGUACCCGAACGGUGCUAGGCCUAACCGGGCAGCCACCUCCGGGUACUGGAAAGCUACUGGAACCGAUAAGCCGAUAUUGACAUCAAAUGGAACUCAGAAGGUUGGUGUUAAAAAAGCACUUGUUUUCUAUGGUGGAAAACCCCCCAAAGGGAUCAAAACCAACUGGAUCAUGCACGAAUACCGCCUCAUCGACAACAAUUCUAGCACCUUCAAGCCUCCCGGCUCCGACCCAACAACCAAAAAAGUCUCUUUGAGGCUUGAUGAUUGGGUUCUAUGUCGGAUUUACAAGAAAAACAACUCAAGUAGACCGACGGAGGAGAGGGAAGAUCACAUGCUUGUAUCCAAUUCAACAAUAUUAGAUGGACAUAAUAGCAACCAAAAAUUAGCAGCUUCAAGGGCUAGUAAUUAUGGCGCAUUGCUUGAACAUGAAGAGAACUUCUUCCAAGGGAUAUUGAAUAAUGGUGUUGGCAUGCAAAACAGUGAAAUUUCACAAUUAACCUCUCCAAACACAAAACCAGAUGUCUCCAUGGCCUCUACAAGUCCUCCGAUGAAACGGACAGUCCCAACUCAGUACUGGAACAACGAGCCAGCAUUGAAGCGGUUCCAUGGUGAUCAACACGAAAACACAAGCACCAGGGUGUUGGAGGGAAACAAUGGCUCAUCUUUUGUUUCUUUGCUCAACCAUCAGCUUGUUCCACAAAGUGGUGGUGGUGGUUCUUUUCAGCCCAAUACACUUGACGUUGGUUCACUUGGUGAUGGGGUCUUGAGCCAACAUUUUCAUCUCCCUAGCAUGAAUUGGAACUUGUAGUGUUGGUUAGAUCUUAUAUAUGGAUGCAUAAGGUGUAUAUACAUACAUAUAUGCAAUGCUUCAAUCAGGAUCAGGGUUUUCAAUAUCAGUUGAUGCAUAUCUGAAUUUUCAACGUCCAAUAUUGAUAUAUGGGGCUGAGUUCGAUAUCAGCCAAUAUGUGACGAUACUGUCAGUACCGAUACAUGUCUUGAUACUGUUAUUUAAAUUCGUGAUUAGAAGACUCAAAUUUGUUCCUCAAUGUCAGAAAAUUUCAGGUGAGUGGUAUAUAUAUUUUUGGUUUUUUUUUUCACAUUAUUACAUGAAAAUUAUAUAUAUGUUAGAUAAAUAUAAAAUUAAUGGAGUGAGUUGUUAUAGUUUGUUGCAAAGUGAACACAUAUGGUUAGUACAUUUGUAGUGGUGCUGUUAAUUUCACAGUUAUAUACAAAGUUUUAAAUAAUGAAUAUUACUAG